GGGAGGGAGGGAGGGAGGGGAGGCCGAGGAGGGCCCGGGCCUGGCCCACUCCCAGGCGGGCCUUCCUCUCUCGUUCUCUCCCUGGGAACACAGGCCACCACCGCUCUCUCUCUCUCUCUCUCUCUCUCUCUCUCUCUCUCAGCCAGGCCUGGGCAAGCUCCGGGCCUCCCUCCGGGGCGGGGUUUUGGACUCCAACUCCCAGAAGGCCUCCCCUCAGGCCCCGCAGGCCUCCCCUUCACCUCCACCUCAAGACUGCGGGGAGAGAGAGAGAGAGAGAGAGAGAGAGAGAGAGAGAGAGAGAGAGCAAGGGACUGGGGAAGGGAGGUCAACAGACCAAGAGAAGGAAGGAAGGAAGGAAGGGCGCUCGGAAAGGGAGGGGCCCCCAGGGAUCAGCUGGCAUGGACAUUCACAACAGAAGGACAUGCAGACAAAGGGACAACAACAACAACAACAACAACAACAAUAUUUGUAUCCUGCCACCAUCUCCCCCAGAGGGGACUCGGCGUGGCUCACAGAAAGAUCCCAUACAAAACAGGAACAAUAUACAAGACAGCAAUCAACAAGAAGCCCUGCUUGACUCUCAAGCCAAAAGUGGGUGGUAGAAAUCACAUGGUACAAAAGCUGACUGGCACAACCUGGGGAUCCCAACCAGGCCCUGGAAAGACAGGCGCUUGGCUCCUCUGCUGCUGAAUUCACAGGCCCAGUGGGGAAGACAUCUCACCACGUUCAAACAGUGGACGUGGCUCUUCAUGAGACAUGCCGCACCCUCACAGGAUGUCUGCGCCCCACACCACUGGAGAAAUGAUACUGUUGAGUCCCUCUGGGGAGAGAGGGCAGUCUAGAAAUGAAAUGAGGAAAUGUGAUUUUUGGCUGAGAAUUUCGGAGUAGAGCCUGUGGAGGGAUUUCUUUCCCUUGAAAGAAAGAAGAGGGAGGAAAAACAUCUUGGAUACGGUUGGGUUCUUCACCAGAGUGGUUCCAACAUGGAGAGACCCAACUCACGUGGGCCUGAAGCAGGACCUGGGGGCAGUGGGGAAUCCUGGGAAAGAACCAGACAUGAGUCCCUGAGUGUGGACCUUGACAGCUCGGACACACAGCGCCAGCGCUUCAGGCAGUCCUCCUACCAAGAGGGUGAAGGACCCAGAGGGGUUUGGAGUCGUCUCCACGAUCUGUGCCGCCAGUGGCUGAAGCCAGAGCAGCACACCAAGGCCGAGGUGCUGGACCUGGUGACCCUGGAGCAGUUCCUGAGCAUCCUGCCCCCAGAGAUGGGGAGCUGGGUCCGAGAGUGUGGGGCAGAGACCUGUUCCCAGGCGGUGGCCCUGGCGGAAGGCUUCCUCCUGAGUCGGGCCGAGGACAAGGAGCAGGAAGGACAGGCCCAUAAUAACUCCAUGGAAGUCCCUGCACCAGAGGAAUCUCCACCAGACACCACCCAGAGUCUCAGGCAGAAGGAGCUGAAGCGGGAAGGAGACGGGGCUGCCGCCUUGCAGGGACUGAAAACGCAGCCUUCAGUGUCUUCCCAGGUGGGACCCUAAGCUGAGCCGAGCCCUGAAACUGAGCUGGAAUACAAACAGACGGCAAAGAAUCACUUUAGUCAGUUGAACCACCAAGCCCAAUACUAGUUUCAUUCGAACAUCCUCACAGCACUGCUUGUGAGAUAAAGUCCUAAACCCUAACUCAUCGGUUUCUUUAUAGGACUGCAAUGGUCACCUCUGAGGCCUGUUUCUGUGACCAGCUUUCCACCCCUUGCUCUCUCUCCAGGGUCUGGAAUGAUGCUGUUGCCGAAUCCUCAGCCGUUUCUCCCCCUUUGCGAUGGAGUGGGACUGAGUCAGGUAAGCAGAAGGAUUCCUGGGAGAGGAGGACGGGGCCUGCCGGGGUGCCUUUGGUUUCAGGAUUAAUGGCCAAAUAUCUGUUGAAACAGACAAGAUGGAAUGUGUUUCCUUAGAAGUGAAAUACGGAAGGUACAAUUGCAAACCGUGCCAACAAGGAGGGAAAAAAUGAAGAGAGAACUAAAGAAACCAGAAUCGAUGUUCAAAGAAAUUUCAACGGAGCUAUGAUUGAAAAGGGACAUGUACAGGAAAUGGAAAGGGGGGGGGGGGAUCACCAAGGAAUGUAAACAACUAAUCAGCAUAAGUAGGGAAAAAGUCUAACUCAGAAAAUGAGGUCAGAUGAAAAAAUGUGCCAAGAGUAGGGUCUGUGCCUGGAGAAGGUGGUGGAAUGCUAACCGGGGAUAGGCAAGAGUUAGAACAUGAUCUCCCAAAAGGAAAUGGGUAUUCUACCUGAGCAAGAUGGAGCAACUGGGGAAAUGCAACCCAAAAUGGGUAAAGAAGUGGUCCAGGAAUACCUGGCCACUCUCGAUGAAUCCCAGUCUCCAGGGCCAGGUGAACUACAGCCAAGGGUAUUGAACUAACAGCAGUAAUCCCAGAACCACUGUCAAUCCUCUUUGUUCAUUUUUGGGAACAGGAGAAGUCCCAGCAGGCUGGAGGAGGCAAAAGUUGUCUCUGUCUCCAAGAAUGGACCAAAAAGAGGUCCCCUAACAAUGACCAUCCAGUUAUCUUGACUUGUCCCAUAAGCAGUUGGAGCAGCUGUUUAGACUCCCGAAUGUUUAUGAGGAGAUCGUUUGAUGUGGAUCAAUAAUAGUUAUAGAGGGAGCGGAUCUGUUUGUUUGCUAUUAUGCACUCUUUAAGGAACCAAUUUUUGGAUCUGACCCUGGGUUGCCUCGGCAUUCUUUGCCAAUCGUAUAGUUUUUAAAAGAUAGGUUUUAUAAGGGAUUCAAACCCGGUGAUGCCUCCUCGAAAUCUGGGAUUUCAAUGAUCAUAGUUUCUAUGGACAACACUUCCUAAGAGUUCAAGAUAUCCAGGCACACCCCUUUUGUCUUAACGUUCCGCUUCAGCCUGGUGUAUUGUGGGUAGGCUUGUCCAGGUGGGGAAGUGCUGCUUCUCUCCAAAACCAGGAGAAGUGGGAGAUAGAUGAUCACUAAGCAAGGAAUUGUCUAUAGCAAAUGAAUCAAUGUCGCUAGCUAUGGAGAGUGAAGUCAGAAGAUAGUCUAUGACACUAGAGCCCCUUGGUGAGAUCAAUGUAUAUUCUCCAGAGUCAGGAAACUGAGUAAGUCCAUUUAGCCGGGACAGGUUGAGCUGCAUGGCCAUUUUGGUCAGGCACUUUCCGGCCUGAUUUCACGCUUGGUCCUUAACGUGUCGAGCUUCUGGUGUCAGGAGAGAGUUGAAGGGAUCUUCCUCCAGGCCCUCUUCUCUCAACACAUUUAUUCAACUAGAUCCUACCCUUGCAUUGAAGUCACCCGUUAUCUUGACCUAAAUAACAGGAAAAAUAUUGGAGCAGAUCAUGAAGAAGGCCAUCUGGAAUCACUUGGGAAAAGUGCUGUAAUCACUGAAGGACAAGAUGAGUUUCUCCAAAACAAGUCAUGCCAGACUAAUGUACUUUUCAGUAGAGCUACAAGCUUGGUAGAUGAAGGAAAUGCAGUGGAUGUAGCACAUCUUGCUUUCAGUAAGACCUCUGGAAAGGCCUCCCAUGGUUUCACAAACAACUAGUAAAAAGUGGGCUGGAUAAUACUCCUGUUCGGUGGAUUUGUAAUGGUUUGAGCGACAAAGGGUGGAGUGCCGCAGGGUUCUGUCCUGGGCCCAGUACUGCUCAACAUGCGUAUCAGGUUUUCAGAUGACACCAAAUUAGCAGGUAUAGCUGACAGUCUAGAAGAUAGGAUCAGAAUUCAAAAUUCUGGCCUUAACAUGGUGGAGAGCUGGGCCAAAACUAACCCACUUAAUGUCAACAAGAAUAUAUGUAGAGUAGUACACUUAGGCAGGAGAGAAAUGCCAUGCACAGGUACAGGAGGGGCAACACCUGACUUGACAAUCAUUCAUAUGAUGGGAUCUUGGAGUGUUAGAGGACUGCAAGUGGAACAUGAGCCAACAAUGUGAUGCAGCAGCUGAAAAGACAAUGGGAUUUUGGGCUGCAUCCCAAGGAAUAUUGUGUCUAGAUUCAGGGAAGUCAUGGCGACCUUCUUUCUGCUUUGGGGAGACCUCACCUGAAAUUACACUGUGUCCAGUUGUGGGCAUCACAAUAAAAGGGGGAACAUA